AUCGCUGGGAGGCAGAUCAACCCAUGACAUCGCCGAGCUCGUCUUCAGCGCCGCCACUAGCAGCCUCGUCGGCAGACGUCAGGGCGAACAAGAUCCUGGUGAGUAGAGAGAGAGAGAGGCCGAGAAAGUGCCCUUUCCUCAUCUGUGUGCCGAACGUGUAGGACAUCGUUCGGCGUGUCCGGAGUGAGCAGGCGCAGCUGUUUGAGGCCCACAUGAAGCUGGAGCUGGGGCUGCCCGACCUGCAGCAACAAUACGAAGAGCAGACAUCAGGUAGGUAGGGGAGAGACGAGGGCAACGCCGCCAGACAGCCAUUCUCCCGCACUUCCUCCGUGCAGAUCAGGAGCGGCGUUUCUGUUCAGAUGCGGAUUCGUCGUUCGAGGUCAAAGGGGCCGCCAUGAAGGCACUCAUACAAAAGGUAUGUCAGACAGACAGACAGACAAGGAGAGCGGCGGGCCCUCCACAUGACCGAUCUCCUCGUGUGUGUCUUGGCGUGGUGUUGUCCAUCCAUCCAUCCAUCCGUCCAUCCGUCCUCUCAGAUGCAGGAGAUAAAUCAGCUCCUGUAAGCUAAGCUGCACGUCCCGUCCGCCUGAUGCACUGCACGUUCAAACACUCACUGCCUUCACAUUAAUGCCUUUCUGUCCUUUUCCUCUGUCUCCCUCUCUGUCAGGGGCACGCUUCCCUCUCUGCAGCAGCCGCCUUCCCUCUCACACGAGCAGGCGGCCAAGCCGGGCGACACACACGAGGCGGCGGCCAGCAAGGGCCCAGCGGUGCCUCCAGCGCAGCAGCUGCGCUGAGGCCCAAUGAGGGAUGGCAGUGAGGGAGGGAGAGGGGGACGAGCGUGUUGAUAUUGAGGAGAGGCGGGAUUCUCU